UUCUCAUGAUCAUAGUGUAAAAGAAUACUAAAAAUUUAUUGGAAGACAUUCAACCAUUUUAUGUAUCAAGUAUCAAUUGUACAACGUACGUGUCGUUCAAAAUCAGCCUUGAAUGAAGCUACCUUUGAAUUCGCUCUAGGUGUAGUGGUCGCGUCACUCAUUAUCUCUCGUUUGCCGAUUUUGUCGAGGGAUAAUCGGUAGUAGAGUAGUACAAGACGAGUAAUUACUUUAAUACGAUAUUUGAAUAUCAGGGACAUCUUAUAAUAUACUGAAAUGUCUGAAUCAGAUCUUUUAGCUAGUGACCACAUUGAUGGUCUUGAUGGUCUCGAGAAUGGUCAAGAUGGAGACACUAUUAUGCAGUGUGACGGAGUAAAACGUGAUCUAGGAGAAGCAAAUGUAGACGAUCCUGAAUUAGAAGCGAUAAAAGCACGAGUAAGAGAAAUGGAAGAAGAAGCAGAAAAAUUGAAGCAACUUCAGUCUGAAGUAGAUAAACAGAUGAAUAUGGGUAGUCCUCCUGGUAUCACAAGCCCAUUAAAUAUGUCUUUGGAAGAUAAAAUGGAAGUUGAUAAUCGAUCUAUUUAUGUUGGCAACGUAGAUUAUGCAGCAACAGCAGAAGAAUUAGAGCAACAUUUUCACGGUUGUGGAAGUGUUAAUAGAGUAACAAUUUUGUGUAAUAAAUUUGAUGGUCAUCCUAAAGGUUUUGCUUACAUUGAGUUUGCUGAGCGUGACUCUGUACAAACUGCAAUGGCCAUGGAUGAAUCUAUGUUUAGAGGACGUCAAAUUAAAGUAAUGCCCAAAAGAACUAACAAACCUGGCUUCUCUAUGACAAAUAGGGGUCCCAGAGGUGCAAGAGGCUAUCGAGGUAUGGCCAGAGGAAUUAUUCGCGGUAGUGCAUAUUUUGGAUAUAGACCUACAAGACGACCAAGGAGUUACAGACGUGGUUACUACAUGCCAUAUUGACUAUUUUAAAAUAUGGUACAACAUUGUUCUACAAGUGUCAAG